UAUAUUCUCAUCAGUUGGAAUUACGAAGGCAGUGAUUCUGAAAAGCUAGAUCUCUCACUCUCAAGGAUAAACCAUGUUGCCCAACAUCCUGCUUCGCCCCUUCCAAACGGACAGGAGAAAGAAGAUUAGCAGGAGGAAGGUGGAGGCGGCGGAGUCGGAGUCGGAGGAUCUACAUCUGCGGUACUUUGUGGCGUUCAACAGAGAUUCGGCGGAGAAGCAAACGCCGAGGUUCACAUUGAGAUCCGACAACUUCAACAGACACGAAGGAGUCGAUUCAAAGAGGAAGCGAGAAAUGGCGAACAAGGUCUCCAAUUUCUCCGAUCUGAUUCAACGAGUUGCAGCUUCUUGUUUGCUACAUCCGCUCGCCGCUGGGCGCCACGAUGCCGAUGAAGCACCGGGGAAUCGAGCGGCGGAGCAGGAGGCAUACGAUGUGUUCGACUCCGAAGAAGAGGAGGAAGACGAAGAGCGGGAGGGGCUUAGGGUUUGGGAGGAGAGCCAGGGGGAGGGGAGAGCGGAGAGAGUGAUGGAGAUGGAGUUGCUGAUGGGUGAGGUGUUCGAGACGGUGUCGGCGAUGAAGAGGGCGUACGUUAGCCUCCAGGAGGCGCAUUGUCCUUGGGACUCGGACAAAAUGAGGAUGGCCGACGUGGCGGUGGUGUCGGAGCUCAGGCGGCUCGGGGUGUUGAGGGAGAGGUUCAGGAGGAGGGUUGGGAGGGGAGGACGAGGCAGCGGCGGUCGUGGUCCGGUGGCGGCGACACUGAGGGAGGUGGUGGCGCCGUACGAGGCGGCGGUGGAGGAGCUGAAGAGGGCGGUGAAGGCCAGAGAAGUAGAGGUUGAGAACUUGAAGGAGAAGCUCAAGAGCGCCACAAGCCUCAACAGCAGUGGCAAGAAAGGGAGGUUUCAGUCAAAGAAGAAAGUCAGCUGUAGUCAAGGUCAAGUUGCAGCGUUGCCGGCACCGGACUUAUUCGAAGGGACGAUGGGUGUAGUAAAGGAGGCGUCGAAGUCCUUCACGGCAUUGCUGCUCUCGCUCAUGCGCUCAGCACACUGGGACAUCGCAGCGGCAGUUAGAUCCAUAGAAGCGGCCACGGCCGUGACCGGCGCUACCGCGGACACCGCCAUUUCCGUAGUGGGAUCUCACCACGCGAAGUACGCUCUGGAGUCCUACGUGUGCCGAAAAAUCUUCCAGGGCUUCGACCACGAAACGUUCUAUAUGGAUGGCAGCCUCUCGUCGCUGCUCCACCCAGAUCAGUACCGCCGAGACUGCUUCGCCCAGUACCGCGACAUGAAAGCCAUGGACCCUGUGGAGCUUCUCGGAAUCUUACCCACUUGCCACUUCGGAAAAUUCUGCACCAAGAAGUACCUCGCCAUCGUCCACCCAAAAAUGGAGGAGUCGCUGUUCGGGGACCUGGAGCAUCGCCGGCAAGUCUUGGCCGGAAAUCACCCCAGAAGUCAUUUCUACAGCGAGUUUCUGGGUUUGGCCAAGGCGGUUUGGUUACUUCACUUGUUGGCAUUUUCGCUAGAUCCUCCCCCAGGUCAUUUUGAAGCGAGUCGGGGAGCUGACUUCCACCCUCAGUAUAUGGAAAGCGUCAUCAGAUUAUCCGGUGGCCGGGUUCCGGCGGAUCAGAUCGUUGGAAUUCCGGUGAGUCCCGGGUUCAAGCUUGGAAACGGGUCAGUCAUCAAAGCCAGAGUCUAUCUUGUAUCCAGGAGUUGAAUGGAUGUGUGGACAUUUGAACUUAUUCCGGACUAGGUUCGACUAAAUAUUAUGCUCGUAGUUUGGAUUUGGGUUA